AUGAAGACACCCAUCGUUAGCUGGUUCAGCCAGUCGGGUGGCGUAAAUCCCACACAGAUUGCCAUCUACGGUUCGGUAUCGUUCCUGGUCGUAUCCCUGCUAGGGUUGCUGAUUUACAUUACCUGCUCGAAGCGGUACCGGCUAAACUGGUACGAAAAGAAUUUGCUAGAAUCAGCCAAGGAGCGUGAAGCCGCCCAGCGAAACAGCCACGAGGGACACAUAACCUACCCAAUUGCGUACAACGUGGAUGCCGUUGCCGGGACGUCACGCUAUCUAAAUCGAGCCACUGGUAGCCCGCAGACAAGGGCCGACCAUCCGCCGUUCUGGGCGUCGCAGGGUCUUUACCGGAAAAGUGACAGCCGGGGGCAGUUGAUUGACACAUCGGAUGAGGAGACUACCGGCGAGGACAGUGGUGAUUCAGCCUGCAGCAGUAGUAGGUCAGUUAUUGCGGCACCCAGUGGAGCGGUGGCCAUCGCCAGCACGGGCAAACAUGUAGUGCUUGUUUCGUCAAGCCCGGCCAAACCUACCACAUCCAUGGUGUCUACGGUGGCAACAACCGCCGGCGGCAGCACGACAGGGACAGCCAAGGUUGACAGCCAAGCCAAGAUCGAUAUGCUAGACUCGGUCAGCACGUGCAGUACGGUUAGCCGGGACGAGCUCGGGGGGGAGGACGCCCGUGGUGCGAUACAUCUGACACUGAGCUACGAUCCUGCAGCGGGCAUCCUGAACGUAAAGCUUGUCGAGGCCCAAGACUUGCAGCCACAGGACUUUAGUGGGACGGCGGAUCCGUACGCGAAGAUAAGGCUACUGCCCGAUCGGAACAAUAUGUGGCAGACGAGAAUUCACAAGAAAACGCUCAACCCGGUGUUUGACGAGGACUUUGUGUUUGAGGUUCGCUCGGCCACGAUCGGCCGGCGAACGCUCGAGAUACUCCUGUUCGACUUUGACGCAUACUCGCGCCACGUGUGCAUCGGUGGCGUACAGUUUCCGCUCGCACAGGUUUGUCUCGCCGAGCGGAUAGACAUCUGGCGCCCCCUGCUACCGUACACCGAGCAGGACAACAAACAGGAUCUAGGCGAUUUAAUGGUUUCGCUGUCAUAUCUGCCCGCAGCCGAAAAGCUCACGGUCGUCAUCAUCAAGGCACGCAAUCUGCGCGUCAUCGACGGUACGCGGAACUCUUCCGAUCCGUACGUGAAGGUGUGCCUGUACAAUGCGGAUGGGCGGCGGAUUAAGAAGCGCAAAACGACGGUGGCACGCAAUACGACCGCACCCGUCUACAAUGAGGCCCUGACCUUCGACAUUAGUCGUGAAAUGUUGCGAGACUGCUCGAUCGAGUUCCAGGUGCUGCAUGACAGUUUGCUGGGCAGGAACGAAACGCUCGGCCGUGCGACGGUCGGCAGUGGGCCCGAGUUCCGGCAGGAAAACCGGAAGUUCUUUGACGAGUUGUUCCGCACGCGGGCGGCUACCGCCCAGUGGAUAUCGUUGUGCGAGUUGAAGCUGAAGACGGACGCGGUGGCGAAGAAAAAGUGAAAGAGCUCAAGGAGUUUUAAGGGGGAACCACAUGACAAACAUUUUAGCUAAG